AUGGACCGCGGAGCUGCAGCUUCCCAGGACACUGCCCCGCCUCAGGAUGGAGAGCAGCCCGCUGAGUCUCCAGAGCCUCCGCCGCCUUGGCCACCGCCACCACCGCCACCGGCUCCCCCACCGGCUCCGCCGCCGCCGCUCUCCGAGCCUUCGCCAGAACCGGUACCAGAGCCCUGUCCAGAGCUUGCUCCAGGACCUUGUCCGGAGGCGACCUCAGAACCAGCCACAGAACUGUACACAGAACUGGCCCCAGAACCUGCCACAGAGCCGGCCCCAGAACCGGCCCCCGAACCAGCCAUAGAGCCGGCCCCAGAACCGGCCCCAGAACCUGCCACAGAGCCGGCCCCAGAACCGGCCCCAGAACCUGCCACAGAGCCGGCCCCAGAACCGGCCCCAGAACCUGCCACAGAGCCGGACCCAGAGCCGCCGGCCCCAGAGCUGACUCCAGAACUUGCCCUAGAGCCAGCCCCAGAGCCGACCCCAGAACCUGUGACAGAGCUGGCCCCAGAGUUCUGCCCUGAGGUGGCUCCAGAGUCCCGUCCGAGUCCAGCACCAGGUCUAUUGCCAUGUCCGGUGGACACUCGAGAGAGGGGUCUAAAGACCUCUCCAACGCCAUUGCCAUCGCCCAGAACGCCAAUGUCGUGGUCCAGAAUAAAGAAAAUAUUGAAGGAAGGACCUCUGCUGAAGAACUGUAACUCUUUGAAGAGGUGGAAGCCUAGAUAUUUUCUGAUUCAAGGACAGAAGCUCUACUUUGCACACCAUCCCGCGUUUGCACACUUUGACACGAUUGAUCUGUCUGAAGCUGUCGUGGCAGAAAGCAGCUGUAGAAACCUUUGCCACAGUUUUUGCGUUAUCACACCACAACGAAAAAUCACUGUGGCUGCAUCCAACCGGAAAGACAUGGAAGAAUGGAUUAACGUCAUAAAAACUGUCCAACAGGGAGAAAUUCAUAAGAUACCUGCAGCAGAAAACAACCCUUUUCUUGUUGGAAUGCACUAUUGGUACUCCAGCUACAGUCACCGGACCCAGCACUGCAAUGUUUGUCGAGAGAGCAUUCCUGCCUUAUCUAGAGAUGUCAUCAUCUGUGAAGUGUGCAAAGUGAAAUCUCACAGAUUAUGUGCUUUGAGAGCAAGCAAAGACUGCAAGUGGAAUACCUUGUCUCUCACUGAUGACCUCCUCCUGCCUGCAGAUGAAGUAAACAUGCCCCAUCAAUGGGCAGAAGGAAACAUGCCUGUUGGCUCUCAGUGUGCAGUAUGUCAUGAGAGCUGUGGCAGUUAUCAGAGACUUCAAGACUUCCGCUGCCUCUGGUGUAAUUCUACGGUGCAUGAUGACUGUAGAAGACGGUUUUCCAAGGAAUGUUGCUUUGGAAACCAUCGCUCAUCAGUCAUUCCUCCGACUGCUCUAAGCGAUCCCAACGGCGAUGGUCAAUUAGUAGUAUCUUCGGACUUCUGGAAUCUUGAUUGGUCAUCAACCUGUUCAUGUCCCUUGCUCAUCUUCAUCAACUCCAAAAGUGGAGAUCACCAAGGGAUCGUCUUCCUCCGAAAAUUCAAGCAAUACCUUAACCCGUCUCAAGUGUUUGACCUAUUGAAGGGUGGACCUGAAGCAGGGCUGUGCAUGUUCAAGAACUUUGCUCGCUUUCGCAUUCUGGUUUGUGGUGGAGAUGGCAGCGUGAGCUGGGUCUUAUCUCUGAUUGAUGCCUUUGGAUUACAUGAAAGGUGUCAGUUGGCAGUCAUCCCACUUGGAACUGGCAAUGAUCUGGCUCGUGUCCUGGGCUGGGGUGCAUUCUGGAACAAAAGCAAGUCACCUCUGGACAUCCUCAACAGAGUGGAGCAGGCCAGUGUGAGAUUUCUAGACAGAUGGAGUGUGAUGAUCCGUGAGACUCCCAGACAGAUCCCACUGCUAAAAGGACAGGUUGAAAUGGAUGUACCACGAUUUGAGGCUGCUGCCAUCCAACGCGUAGAAUCUGCAGCUACUGAGUUGAACAAAAUCCUGAAGGCCAAGUACCCCACAGAGAUAAUCAUCGCAACCAGAUUCCUGUGUUCAGCCGUGGAAGAUUUUGUGCUAGAUAUUGUAAAGGCCUGGGGUCAGAUAAAACAGAGCAAUACAGCAAUACAGUCUGUGAUUUUGAAAAGUGACUUAAUGUAUGAUAAGCUCAGUGUCGUGAUGGAUGUUCUGGCUGAGGAGGCAGCAGAUACUUCUGUUGAGAAAAGUGCUACAGUACCUGCAGACAGCAGCAAGGCAGACAGGAAGUCCUUCAUUCCUCAAAUGGACCACAUAGCCAAAUACAGGUUGGAGCUGACCACAAAGGCCCAGAAUCUCCAGAAAUCCUUGAAACUCAUCAUAUUCCAAGUUGAACAAGUUCUGGAUGAGGAAAGCAGACAGACAAUAUCUGUUAAGAACUUUGGUUCAACUUUCUUCUUGGAAGAUGACCCAGAAGAUAUUAGCCAGACAAGUCCACGACGUCGUUCUCGUCGUGGCACUUUGUCUUCUAUAUCUUCUCUCAAAAGUGAGGACCUAGACAACCUUAACUUGGAUCACUUACAUUUUACACCUGAAACUAUACGUUUUAAAGAAAAAUGUGUCAUGAACAACUACUUUGGAAUUGGACUGGAUGCUAAAAUUUCUCUGGAUUUCAACACCAGAAGAGAUGAACACCCAGAACGAUACAAUAGCCGCCUUAAGAACAAGAUGUGGUAUGGCCUUCUGGGAAGCAAGGAACUUUUGCAGCGCACUUACAGGAAACUGGAAGAACGGGUGCAUUUAGAGUGUGAUGGAGAACCCAUCUCUUUGCCAAACCUGCAAGGCAUUGUAGUGCUCAACAUUACCAGCUAUGCUGGAGGAAUCAACUUCUGGGGAAGCAAUGCAGCAACCAUGGAAUAUGAGGCUCCUGCAAUAGAUGAUGGGAAGCUGGAGGUAGUGGCAAUCUUUGGUUCUGUACAGAUGGCAAUGUCCCGUAUCAUCAACCUGCAUCAUCAUCGCAUUGCCCAGUGCCGUGAGGUGAUGAUAACCAUUGAUGGUGAAGAAGGUAUCCCAGUGCAGGUGGAUGGGGAGGCCUGGAUUCAGAGACCAGGCCUUAUCAAGAUUAGAUACAAGAAUGCUGCCCAGAUGCUGACAAGAGAUCGGGACUUUGAGAACUCAAUGAAAACAUGGGAGUGCAAGCAUACUGAAAUUCAAGCUGCCCCUCAACCCCAGCUGCACUCCCAGGACUCUCAAGAGUGCCUCUCUGAUGAGGAGUAUGCCCAGAUGCAGCACUUAGCUCGGCUUGCAGAAAACCUCAUCAGCAGACUUAAUGACCUGAGCAAGGUCCACCAGCAUGUAUCUGUCCUCAUGGAUUCUGUGAAUGCCAGUGCUAACGUCCUGAAUAAUACAUUUUAUGGCCAAGACAGUGGCAGUGAGUUGGGCGCAGCUUCCUGUAUUCCCAUUGAAACUCUAAGCAGAAAUGAUGCCGUAGAUAUUACAUUUAGUCUUAAAGGACUCUAUGAUGACACCACAGCUUUCCUGGAUGAAAAGCUGCUGAGAAGUUCUGAGGAUGAGGCCACAUUACAAAGCACCCUGGAUGCCAUGAAUAAAGAGUUCAAAAAGCUAUCCGAGAUAGACUGGAUGAAUUCGAUCUUUGUUUCAGAGGAAAAAUCUUCGGACACUGACAGUAGAAGCCUCAGGCUGAAAAUUAAGUUCCCCAAAUUGAGAAGGAAAAAGCUAGAAGAGGAACGCAAGCCUGAAUCAGGCCAAAGUGUCCAGGGUUUUAUUGGUCGUUUGUGGCACCGCAGGCAUCGUGAAGAUGAAGCAAAGGGUGAUGAUCCUCCAACACCAUCAAGAUCUCAGCUGUAG